CGGCUAAAGCCCCCUCACCCUUUCUGGUUCUUUUCCCCAUCACUUGAGGGUAGAGCGGAUACGUUGAUUGCAACAUCCCUGAUUCACCGACCUUUUUAUGCUCCUUGAAACCCUUCUGAGAAGCUUUCCCAUCCUGUAAACUUACCUUGACUACAUGUGAGUCUUGAAUUCGGGAGCACCAUGUUUUCCCCCACGCUGAUGGAUGAAGUAAUGGCUCAUCCUAUCUAUUCCCCGGAGGAGGCGAUUGGCUUUGAUUCACAAUCCAAGCGAGAUGCUCUAUCAAUACCUCACCCCUAUCGAGCCGACAGCUAUCAAGAUAUGGUCGAAAGGGCUGGGUGUCAAAGUCCUAGUCCUGAAUUAGACAGCAAGAGUCGAAACUCGACACGCCGCCGCAUUCAGGUCGCUUGUAACCGUUGCCGAAAAAGAAAAAUCAAAUGCAGCGGCGACAAUGGCGAAGGGCAAGGCUGUUCAAACUGCCGCAGCUCUGGAAAUGUUAACUGUCAGUUUUUGAGGGUCAAUUCUUCGAUGAUGCAGACGAGAGGUACCUGGCCGUAUCCAACGGUGAAUGCUACGAUAUCCCCAUCUCACAGACAUGGGCCGUAUGGACCAUCAAUGGCGCCAAAGCCGGCGAGUAGUACACCAGGAAGCCCUUCUACUAUGCGUGUAACUCCUUUCUCGCGAGCCCCUGGCUAUGAUUUUGGGUCGAGCGACUCUCAGAUGCCCUUCAGCCGACAAUCAUUUGGUGUUGACCACGCCGUCCACUACGAGGAGGAUUCUGGGAUGUACAGCCCUCAGCCUCCGACGUACAUGGUCUCUGGGGCACCACAUGCCGUUAUUGCGGACUAUUGUGGGCUCACAUGGAGUCCCAAGGCUUGGAGUCCAAAUAUGUGCCUUGGCCGAAGCCCUAGCGCAGCCAUUUUCGCAGACCACGAGACUGGAAGUUCUUUGUCCCAACCUGUAUAUCCUUAUAUGCUCUCGGGGGCCCCAAGCCAAAUAACUGAUGCCCCUCCGAUCGUGCCAACGAUGAGCUUUUCCUCCGCCGAAGGACAAGGAGUGGAUCGGACUCUUCCUGACCCCACGAGUCGAACUCAAGGCCCACAGUGCCCUGCUGGCUUUACACUGACACCCGAAGUCCUUACACUUCCAGAGACCGUGGAUCACAGGACGGGGGCUGGUUGGAAUUACAAAAGCGCCAGCUCUAGUAACAUGCCCUCCUCAGUUCAACGCUGUCCGAACGAAUCUUUCAACACCAGUUCUACCAAUCGGACAAGAGCAAGUGCCCAAGACAUGAUGUUCGGAACUCCGUUGCUCACAACUGUUGGUGCACCUUCUUCUUUGGCUUCCUCCGCUGGGCCUCUUGCUGGAUUGGAGCCGGUAACCUCGAGCGAGGAAUUCCGCGGAGGUGGUGACAGUCAAGCAGCGCGGACUAUGUCCCAAAGCCAUCUCUCCGAAGCCGGCUCUGAUGUCUAUGUAUACAGCAGCAGUGAAAGGAGGGACAAGCACUCGUACAAGACAGAUGGUUCAGCAUCCAUGCUCAUGAAUGGGCUACCAUACACACGUCCUGGGCCGGGUCUUUUCGCUCCAUCGAUAACUACCUCGCCGGCCUGUCGCCCUGAUACAGUAGUGUAUCCGACUCCAAUACAGCCGCUAAACCACCCAAGCAAUUUUUAAGCUCACGCUAUAGGAAGGCAUUCUCAUUAUUUUGAAAGAAAUUCCCUCCUGGAUGCGCUGGGGAGCAUAAACAGGCGUUAGCCGACAGCGAG